AUGUCAAUUAUAAUAAGAAAAAAUCUAUUAAAAUUGGUAUGGAAUAUUCAACUGGAAAGUAUACGUCAUCAUCGUGUUAUACCAAUGCCUGAUCCAAUGCCCUAUACAACAGCUAUAUGGAGAAAAAGAUUUCCAUAUAGAAAUAAAACACAAUUUGAAGUCACACAUGAUGAAGUUUAUACAAAAGAUAUGCAACUAAAAACAUUGGAAGAACGACGUCAUGAAUUUGAUCCUCAACCAAUACGUGUCGAUAAAGUAAAUAUUGGUUUUUUAUCACCAAUAGAUCCUGUUUCUAAAUCAGAAACUCGUAAACGCUUUGAACAUUAUGCUAGUCAACGUAACCGAGCUGAUUUAAAAAAAUUACAUUACGAUGGUGCUCUUCGACUUCCAAUCGAUGAAGUUCAUAAUGAUUGGUUGUCAAGUAGAUAUUUUUCAGAAAAUCUUCGCAUGACUGCUGAUCAUUAUGGUCUUUUCAAUGAUUUAUUCAAACAUGGUUAUUUUAUUCCUCGUAUACCGUUACAUAUCAAUUAUCCCUAUAGUAAUGAUCAAGUUACACCUGUUUAUAGUGGAAAUCGACUUUAUGCAAAAGAUGCAAGUGAAAAACCUCAAGUUGAAUGGAAAAGUACAAAUAAAGAAAAUGAAUAUUAUACAUUAAUAUUUACAAAUCUUGAUGGACAUUUAAAAGAAAAUGAUGCUGAAGUUCUUCAUUGGUUUGUAGGAAACAUUCCUGAUAAUCAAAUUGAUAAAGGUGAAACUCUAUGUACAUAUUUACCUCCAUUUCCUCCUAAUGGUAGUGGAUGGCAUCGAUGUGUAUUCUUAUUAUAUAAACAUAAAAAUGGACCAAUUAAUUUUUCUGGAUUAUAUGGAUCACUUCCUGGAAACAGGUACAUUUAUAUUGAAAAAUCAAUUACAGUUCUUUUUUUAGAAGAUUAA